AUGCAGCUACGAUCGGGUUAUGUGGUGCCGUCCGACGGCCAGGACUGGCAGUAUAUUUCCGACGAGCAUGAGACCGAGGACGAAGACUACAAUGAGCAACCCGAGCAGAAGCGGACGAUGUCGACUCCCGCACCUACUUUCAACCCUCAAACUCACGAUGCAUACAACGAUAUCGAGAGGCCCUGGGUUCCAACCUCCUUGCCCUCAUGUGUGCCUCGCCCAGGCCCAGUUUCUGACCUGCAGCCCUUCCAGAGCUCUUUCCAGCAGCCGCUUAGUCACCGUCAGGAGCUCCUUCCUCCUACCACCGACACCUACCAAACCGAUAACUACAAGCAUACCCAGCAGGCUCCUGCGUUUUUCACGGGCUUCCCGACACAAGACAUCACGGCGAGCAACACCAUGGAUAACACCUUCCCGUAUGCCGUCUUGAUGCGUGCUGGUCUUCGCCUGCCCCAGACAUCUCCUGCCGUUGAAGCUUACCAGGGCUUUGGGUCCCAGAUACCUCCUGUGGCUCCUUCUCACCCCAAUCUCACCAUGGAGAGCCUGACUCUUCCACUGCACCAACAACCCGUUCCCAAUCCCGGUGGUCCUCACAACGCCAAUACCAUACCUCUGAAGUGCUGCCUUUGCCCGAGAAAGCCUACGUUCUCGGAUGUCUCCCAUCUUUUGACCCACAUCUCGUCCAAGAGUCACCUAGCCGCCAGAUUCAAGCUUGAAAUUUCGGACAAGGAGGACGACAAGCGGACAAUCCGCCUCUUCCAAGAGUGGGCUGACCAAUACGGAAUCACGCAGCUGUUAAAGAACCGCCAGGAUGCCAAGGAGCAGAAGAAGCAGGCACAGCUCAAAAGACAGCGGGCUAAUGGCACUGAGGCAAGUUCGAAGUUCAGAAGUCCACAGAAGAAGGCCAGGCGAACUCAAGCCGCUCCAGAGCCUGUCAAGAUGGAGGAGUUUGACAACCUAGCGCUCGAGUUCACCCAGAACCCCCUGAACCAGCUUGCCUGGCCUCCCCUCCACCCCUCUCAUGACAACACGUUCGACGAUGCAUACCACACUCCCAUGAGCAAGCAGGCUCAAAGAAACUACCAUCUACCUGAAUCUCCACAGGCUAUCGCGUACCUGAACGAUGUACUCGUUGCGGAUGGCGAGGGUGACGGUGAUGGUUCCUCCACGCCAAAGCUGAAGGGUGCGUUCUGGCCCGGCAUGCGCAUCUUUGAUGCUGCCACACCUGAGAUGAGGCGUAUGAGAAACCAGAAGAAGCACCACUCUGUGUUGGAGAACAUGGUGAUGACUUCAGAGUCUGUUGAACAAACCGAAUAUGUUUGGAAUGAGGAUCUGGGAGAAAUCGAGCGCACACGCAAUGUGUACGACAGCCCAUCUAUUGAUGGCAGUCCAUCCCGAGAUGAAGCGGAGGCCCAGGCCCCUCCCCCCAAGAAGCGUCGUGGCCGGGGCGCUGCUUCGGCGGCAUCCACCUCCCAACGUCAGACUCGAUCCACAGCCCGAGGCUCGAAGGCGAACAAGAAGGGUGCCACAAAGAAGACUGCCAAGGUAGAAGAGGAGAGUAACUCUGACGAUGAGACGAGCAGCUCUCGCGACAGCCGAGGCCUUGGAACGUUUGAUGACGGUGCAGAUGAUACUGCCUUGGGAUGUGGCGACAUUUUUGCAGGACGCCACCAGGACAUUCAGGAUCUCGGUGGAAAUCCUUUUGGUGGCCAGCAGGUGACCAUCCCUUACAGAAAUGCCAUGCAGGGUCUUCCUCCAAACCGCCCUAUGUCGUCUUUGUUUGGUCGCCAGGACACCCAGCCCCCAUUUGAGUUCUUCGACAAGGAGAAUGAUCGCAGCGCUUUUUCCAUGCAACAGACCUCGGAUCUGCCUACCUUCCUAAGCCAGCAGCGUCAGAACAUGCAAUCUGGAGGGCUCAAUCCGCUCUGUGCACAGCGUCAAGGCAACUUCCCCUUCCUUUACAGCGGGUUUGACGUCUCUCGGCCACCUAGCACAUCGUUCCAGGCCAUAAACAGCUUGGAUUACAGCGGCGCCCACCCAGGCAUGAACAACGACUUGAUCAAUGGCCUCGGUAACAAUUCCACAUACCAGCAGGGUCACACUUCGACCCAGCAUAACGAUUUUGGCGUCUGA